ACCGGACGUCACCUGCUCGCUCCUGGGAGGUAGAAGGGUCUAGCAGAGCGAACCUCGACGCCGGCCGUCCGUUACAGCGAUUUCAACUUCUGCCAUGGAGGCCCUGGUCGAAAAUACAGCCUCGGGGGUGCAAAUUAAGGACGACCUUUCCGAAAAGUGUCAGAAGCUUUUUCUCGAGUUCUUGGAAGAGUUCCAGAGCCCGAGUGGGGAGGCCAUGUACCUCCAUGACGCCGAGGAGCUCGUCCGCCCGGAGCGCAACACGCUGACCGUGAGCUUCGGCAACAUCGAGCGUUUUAACCAGCCCCUGUCCACAGCCGUCCAGGAGGACUUCUACCGGGUCUACCCGUACCUCUGUAGAGCAGUCCGCCACUUCGCCCGGGAACGGGGCAAUAUCCCGCCGUCCAAGGAAUUCUACGUGGCCUUCUCCGAAUUCCCUGCCAGGCAGAAGAUCCGCGAGCUGUCCGCUGCCAGGAUCGGCACCCUGCUGCGCAUCGGCGGCCAGGUGGUGCGGACCCACCCGGUCCACCCGGAGCUGGUGAGCGGGACCUUCCUGUGCCUGGACUGCCAGUCCGUCAUCAGGGACGUGGAGCAGCAGUUCAAGUACACGCAGCCCACCGUCUGCAAGAACCCGGUCUGCGCCAACCGCCGCCGCUUCCUGCUGGACACCAACAAGUCGCGCUUCGUGGAUUUCCAGAAGGUGCGCAUACAGGAGACCCAGGCGGAGCUGCCCCGGGGCGCCAUCCCGCGCAGCGUGGAGGUGAUCCUGAGGGCCGAGGCCGUGGAGACCGCGCAGGCCGGGGACCGCUGCGACUUCACCGGCACGCUCAUCGUCGUCCCGGACGUGUCCGCGCUCUCCGUCUCAGGUAUUCGGGCUGAGACCAGCAGUAAAGUUACUGGGCCGGAGGGGUUGCAGGCUGAUGGUAUCCAGGGCCUGAAAGCCCUGGGAGUGAGAGACUUAUCCUACAGGCUGGCUUUCCUGGCCUGUCAUGUGGCGCCCACUAACCCCCGGUUUGGCGGGAAGGAACUUCGUCAGGAAGAUCAAACAGCUGAAAGCAUUAAGAAUCAGAUGACUCUGCAAGAGUGGGAGAAAGUGUUCGAGAUGAGUCAAGACAAGAACCUCUACCACAACCUGUGUACCAGCAUGUUCCCCACCAUUCAUGGAAAUGAUGAGAUAAAGAGGGGCAUCCUGCUCAUGCUGUUCGGGGGCGUCGCCAAGACGACCAUGGAGGGCACCUCCCUGCGGGGCGACAUCAACGUGUGCAUCGUGGGGGACCCCAGCACUUCCAAGAGCCAGUUCCUCAAGCAUGUGGAGGACUUCUCCCCACGCGCGGUCUACACCAGCGGCAAGGCCAGCAGCGCCGCGGGGCUGACGGCCGCCGUGGUCAAGGACGAGGAGUCGCACGAGUUCGUCAUCGAGGCUGGGGCGCUCAUGCUGGCCGACAACGGCGUCUGCUGCAUCGAUGAGUUUGACAAAAUGGACCUCAAGGAUCAGGUGGCCAUCCACGAGGCCAUGGAGCAGCAAACCAUCUCCAUCACCAAGGCUGGAGUCAAGGCCACGCUCAACGCCCGUACCUCCAUUCUGGCGGCUGCGAAUCCAAUUGAUGGGAGAUACAACCGAUCCAAGUCCUUGAAGCAGAAUGUCAAUAUGACUGCUCCCAUCAUGUCGAGAUUUGAUCUCUUCUUUAUUUUAGUAGAUGAGUGCAAUGAGGUUACAGAUUACGCCAUCGCUAGAAGGAUUGUGGACCUUCAUUCGAGAAACAUGGAGUCGGUGGAGCGAGUGUAUUCCACUGAAGACGUGCAGAGAUAUAUUAUUUUUUCUCGCCAGUUUCAACCGAAACUGACCAAGGACGCGGAGGAGUUCGUGGUGGAGCAGUACAAGCGGCUGCGGCAGAGGGACGGCGGCGGCGCGACGAAGUCGGCCUGGCGCAUCACGGUCCGGCAGCUGGAGAGCAUGAUCCGCCUGUCGGAAGCCAUGGCCCGCAUGUCCUGCAGCGAAGAGGUGCAACCCAAGCAUGUAAAAGAAGCCUUCCGCCUGUUGAACAAGUCCGUUAUCCGUGUCGACUCUCCUGACAUAAAUUUUGAUGCAGGAUCCGACGACACAGAGGAUAUAACUGCAGUGGUCCGCCUGUUCCGCGUGGAGAUGCACCUCUCCUUCUCUGCCCCUCUGUGUGACGUGGAUGAAGAAUCUUCACUGAGGAAGAGCGAGCUGAUCAAUUGGUACCUGAAAGAAAUGGAGAGUGAGAUCGAGUCGGAGUCCGAACUGAUUGCCAAGAAAAAUUUGUUGGAAAAAGUUCUUCAUCGAUUGAUCCAUUACGACCACAUUAUAAUAGAGCUGACGCAGACCGGGCUGAAGAGAGCUGGAGCACAGGGAGAAGAUCCCAGAGCAGAAGAGGAUCCCUUCCUGGUGGUGAACCCCAACUAUGUGAUAGAGGACUGAGAUCUCCCUCAGGGACCUCGCAGGCUCAUUAGCAGGGUAGCUCCAGCGCCUUGUACGUGGGGACAGACACCAGUGUAGCGUCACUGUCGGUGUAGUUGCAUGUGUUGUAAGAGUUCAAAUAAGUUGGAAGGGAGGGCGACGAGUUCUGAGGUGUUUUUGU